CCGUCUCAGGAAGUUCAGUAAAUGGUACCUUGACAGUGAGCAAGCUAAGUUCAGUUAGCAUCACUCAGCUCCCACAGACUGACCUCCGCUCCCAACAUGGCUGGUGUUCGAGCUCUUGGUGUUCUCUCCAGAUUGUCAACGGCACGAUAUGCUCUUUUCUCAGGCAGUGCUUUUCGCACCUUCUCAGUAGCUCCUGCCAUGCUUGCCCGAACUCAUGUUAGUUAUGAAGUGAAGAAUGAUGUUGCCGUCAUACGGAUUAAUGACCCAAACUCCAAGGUUAACACAUUGUCAGUUCAGAUGCAAAAGGAGAUGAUUGAAGUAAUGGAUGAAGUUUGGGCCAAUGAGGCUGUUAAAAGUGCUGUUCUCAUCUCCUCAAAGCCAGGAUGCUUCAUUGCUGGAGCUGAUAUUAAUAUGAUCCAGGCCUGCAACACUGCAGAGGAGGUAACAAAACUCUCCCAGGAAGGACAGAAAAUGUUUGAGCGUAUUGAAAAGUCUCCUAAACCAGUUGUUGCUGCCAUCAAUGGUUCAUGUUUAGGAGGAGGCUUGGAGUUUGCCAUUGCCUGUCAGUACAGAAUUGCAACAAAAAGCAAGAAGACUGUUCUUGGCACACCUGAGGUUAUGCUCGGCCUUCUACCUGGAGCUGGAGGCACACAGAGACUACCUAAAAUGGUUGGUCUUCCCAGCGCCUUUGACAUGAUGCUAACAGGGAGAAACAUCAAAGCAGAUAAAGCCAAGAAGAUGGGGCUUGUUCACCAGCUUGUAGACCCACUAGGGCCUGGACUGAAAGGUCCAGAAGAGAGAACGAUAGAGUACUUAGAAGAAGUUGCUGUUGAAUGUGCCAGAGGGAUCGUCAACAAAAAGAUCGCUCUUCAGAAAGAGAAAAACAUGAUGCAAAAAAUUACAGACUAUGUGAUGAGCUUCGAGUUUGUGCGGAAUCAGAUUUAUAAAACAGUUCAUGGUAAAGUCAUGAAGCAGAGCAAAGGACUUUAUCCAGCACCUCUGAAAAUCAUUGAAUGUGUGAAGACGGGGGUGGAACAGGGCCCAAUUGCUGGAUACUUGGCAGAGUCUCAGAAUUUCGGCCAGUUGGCGAAAACUUCAGAAUCGGCCGCCCUAAUUGGUCUGUAUCACGGUCAAGUAGCAUGCAAGAAGAAUCGAUUUGGAACCCCAGAGAGAGAAGUGAAAACUCUUGCCAUUUUGGGAGCAGGGCUAAUGGGAGCGGGUGUCGCCCAGGUGACUGUGGACAAAGGCAUCCAUACCAUCCUUAAGGACACCACUGUGGAAGGUUUGUCCAGAGGAGAGCAGCAGGUUUACAAAGGGUCUGUAACUUCAUGUCAGAUGACACUUCUGGUUUAUGCUGCAAUGAAAU